GGCGCCAUUUUCGUAUGCAGAAGAAAAGCUAGGUUUGAUUCCCGUUCAAAAAGAAAGCCGAUCAAGUAUGACUAGGAUCAAAUGUCCUCCCUUUUGCAAACGUAACUGCAUUCAAAAGCACCACGAUUUGUUGCUAGCAGUUUUGAACAUCCCAUCCGAGAAUAAAGGAAGUAAAAAGAACGACAGCAAUGGCGGCUUGGAAGAGUUUGAAUCGGUUGUCCAAAGCUACUUGAAGAAAGGUUGGCAGAAGAACGAUGUCGUGCCAGAUGCAGUAGAAGAUUAUCGGUUCCCUUUAGUACACUGGACUAGUGUACUGGGGAAGACGAAAGCACUAGAAUGGUUGAUAAAACAUGGCUUUGACCCGAAUGUUAGAGCACCCACAACCAAAGAAACAGCUCUCCACAGAAGUUUACUAUGCCUAGAGCUCUCUGAAAUGUUCCUUAAUAGAAAAAUGCUUGAGCGUAAAGUUGAAGUUCAGAUUGACUUACUUAAGAACUGUCUGAUAUUAAAGGAUCGGAGUAUGGAUACACCAUUACAUGUAGUGGCUAGACAGCUGCUAGAAGGACGGAGGAAAGAUCAUUUUGAAGACUGUAUUAAACUCAUGCUCGCAAAGUUAAAAGAAUUUUACCCUGAGCAGUUUAAUGAUAUCAUAAAUGCGCAGAAUUCUGUGGGAGAUAGUGUAGUACAUAUACUUGCAUGCAGUGAAGAUGCCUUCUGUGGGUUGCGGAUGGUAAUUAAUGAAGGAGCAGUUACCUCUACUACUAACAUGGAUGGGAAAACCCCUCUUGACGUUGCGACUGAAAGAGGAUCCAUCAAAGCAACAGCAUUGCUUAAAAGGCUUACAGAUGAGAGGAUGUCAAAUCAAACUGAUGAUGCAGAUUUAAAUGGAGUCACAGAUGAAGCUUCCAAUGAUGAGGAAGAAGAGCAGUCAACAAAAGUAAAUAAAACUUCAAACCUUACACAAGGGAUAUCCAGUGAUUUAGAAUGUUCUUGUAGGAUUAAGAGAGAGCACAAUUACAGUAAUGAACAGAGAUCACAGGAUAACAGCACUAAUACACUGAACUUAGAUCAAAACAUCAAUCUUCUUGGUGCAUUAAGAGCAACAGGGCUGUGGGGUAAUGUCAAAGAACUGGCUAACAAAAAGAAAAAAGAAGAUGAAAAGGUUUUGGCUUCAAAGCUUGAAGAACUGCAAGCCACAAAUGAGGCUAUUGAAGAUGCCAAGAAAGUGGUGGAAGACACCAUCACAGGAAUAACAUCAAAGGAGAAAGAACUCGAAAGAAUCAAGAAAGAGGUAGAGAAGGCGAAAAAAGAGUUAAGCUACAUGGAAAAUGAACAACACAAGUUAAAAAGAAAGAGAAGUUCAUUGAAUAAUGAUUGCAGUGAGCUGGAGAAAAGGCUUCAUUACUGUGACAGCCUCUUGAAGGUACAUGAACCUCAACAAGAAAGCCAAAACUCUUAGUUGCUAUGGCAAUACUGGUUACAGCUGGUAAAUGCUGCUAGUAGCACAGAAAGGGAAAUUUUUAAUUUCCAUGGCAACAGUGGUCCACUUUGAAUGUAACAUGACUGUGGCUGUAACAGGGUCAGAAACAAUGACCACAGGCAUUAGAAAUGGAACCUAGGAACUUCAACACAGUCCUUGAAACUUAAGGUUGGUUUAUUUGUUACUAUGGAAACAGCUGUCGUAUUACCUUGGUUACAGUACAUCUAAUAUAUUAUUCCGCAGAAGUCAUUUUCCAUGCUGUUACUCUGCAGUGCCAUGUUAUGAAAGUUAUGAAUUGAUAUCUGCUAAAGGCCUAGCAGAUGUUUGUUGUGUAUUGAGGAAAAUUAGAAAAGUUUAGUCUUUACUUUUUAAAUAGCGUUUUUAAAGGGGCUGGUUAGUGUUUUUAUGGCCUUGUAACUGCUGGAUAAGAUUUCUACUCAAGCAGAAGAUUCACAGCAUUAGACAGUAGACACAAACUGUGCAUCAGUUUAGUAUUGUAUGUAAAAAUACUAAAAAGUCAAAAAAUAGACUUUUUGUUAGUAAGUCAAGGUGUAUU